GAAUCAAUAAUUGUGAAUUUGUAACAGUGUUUAUCUGUUUUGUUUAAUCAUCGUGAUACAAAUGAAAUAAGAAUUCGUAUUAUUUAGUAAAAACGUGUGAAAAAUAUUAAUUGUUUGUUAAAUAUGGAAUCGGAAGAAGGAGAAACAUAUCCAAAACAAGGAACGACAAUACGUAGCGAGAAAAAUACAACUAUUGACUACGAUGAAGACAGAUUACAUGAGAUGACAGCCUCUUAUUCGGAAAUAUCAUUCGAUUCACAAUCAUCACCACCUAUUUCUGAAUUAAGAUCAUUGAUCGAUUCUCCGGAUAUUGAUGGGAAAAAGUUUUUGGAAGAAAGCUUAGAUAAAAUGAAUGGAAUUGGUACUAGACCAGAUCAAUUGAACUUAAGAAAUAGGGAGUCUAGCCCAAUUGAGGAUGAAGAUAUAGAUCCUCCAAGUUAUCAUAAAGCCAUGGGAUAUUUGCAACUUGAGGGAACAGUGAUGCAAGAUGGCGAUAUGGUAUUAUUUGUUGCAGAAGAUUUAGAAAACAAAAUUAAAUUAUCCAGUCCCGUGACAAAAAAAGGAGAAACUCCAUCAUUUCCUGGUUCUCGAAGUUCUACACCUUGUUUAUAUAGGCAAGCCUUAACGCCUCAGGUGCCUCUUCUUGAUCAUAAUGUCUUAAAUGAAUUAGAGAUGGAAGCGAGAAAAGUGGCCACAUCCGUUGAUGCAUUAACAGAAAAUUUAGCAGCUAUUUUGCAUAGUGCUUCCGCACUCACGGUAGGUUGUUUAGAAACAUAUAGGGAUGCAGUUUGUAAAACGUGCGAUGCGGUGGAUCAUAAUAUUAAAUCGAUGUAUCAAUUAAUGGCAAAAUGUGAAGAAUUAUCAAAAUCAAUGGGACCUGUAUAUAAAUUAGCGGAAAAAAUCAAAGAAAUGAAAAGAAUGUUGGAACUGUUUGAAAGUGCUAUGAACUUAUAAUUUAAAUAUAUACAUUUUAUUAAAGUUUUUUUUUUCUAUUCCAAUUUAUUGGAUUAUCCUAAAAAUUGUAUCAGUUUCUUAAUUAUUCAAUAUUAAAGAAAUAUAAUUUUGGAAAUUCAUCAUUUCUUUCUUUUAAGUAAGUAUUAUUAUGUUAAAACAUAUUAUUGCACAAAUAUAGAAAUCUUAUAUAAUAA